GCUGACAAGGAAAAGCUAGCUAGUCUGCUCGAAUGGGGAGAUUCAAGAUCCUUAUAUUUUCAGUAACGUUGUUUUUGGCUCUGAUUACUGACACAGAGGGUCAAUGGCAGCCACCAGAUGUUGCUCCUCGACCACUCUGCGCCUCCCAGAUCGCGCUAGCAAACUAUGCUUGUGCAAUGCUGCCUUACUCCACUGUCCUGCCACCUCCACCUCCAUCACUAUCACUCUCUGAUAACCAUGAAAGCCAAGGCUCUCCCAACCAGAGACACCGACACACACAUCAGCACGGACACCACCACGGACACCAGCAGAAGAUCCCACUAUCGCCAAUGGAGGAGAAUUGUUGCAAGUGGGUGCAGCAGUUGGAUAGUGAAUGUAUAUGCGGGCUGUUGUCCCGGUUGCCUGCAUUCCUAGAGAGGCCUCAACAUAACUUUUCUGUUACUGUUGGUGGUUCGUGUGAUGCUACAUACUCGUGCGGAGGAGGAAUCAAAAUCUAAGCAACAUUUUUCUGGUCAUUCUUGAGUUAAAAGUGUGAUUCAGUCACUUUUCAUGUUUCUCAGUGUUGGAUUUUCCUGUCUGUGCUGUAUGGGUGUCAUAUGAUUAUUGACUACUAUUAAGAACUCUUCAUAAUUGCUAUUAUCUUCUUCUUUGUCCGGAUGGAUCAUGGUAUAAAAAUACUUCCAAAUAUGAAUUAAAACAGUUUCA